AUGGCCAGCACCGCGUUGCUGGCGCUCUGCUCUGUCGGCGCGCUCAGAAGGCUGGCCUUGGAGGCGGGUGCAGGCGUGUGCCACGCCACACCCAUCUAUGCGGGCCACUCGUGGCACGAGGCCACCUUCCGGCUGGACGUGGCAGGCAGUACUCUGUCGCGCUACCUGCGGGACCUGCUGGUGGCAGCCUGCCCCGAUCAACGACUGCAUGCCCUGCCCCGCAAGGUCAUCACACAGCUCAAGAAGCGCUGCUGCUAUGUGUCGCUGGACUUCGAGGGUGACCUCUGUAACCCUGCCUGCCACCAUCCUGUCAAUUUCGACUUAGGCAAUGGGUGCUCUGUCUGCCUCAGCAGCGAAUGCUUCCGCUGCCCGGAACCUAUCUUCCAGCCGGGUCUGCUAGGCCAGGCUGAGCCGGAACUGACCACCCUGGCCUUCCGGGCACUGCAGAGGAUGCCUGCAACACUACGGACACGGCUGGCCAACACCGUGGUGCUGGCCGGUGGCUCCACGCUUCUCCCUGGCUUCACUGAGCGCCUAGAGAUGGAGCUGGAAGCCCAGUGCUGGCGGCACGGUUAUGAGGCACUGCAGCCCCGCCUGGUGGCCAAGCCCGGGCGUGGCACAGCAGUGUGGACAGGCGGCUCCAUGGUGGCCUCACUGCGUUCCUUCCAAUAA